CACAUGUUUACUUUUCAUUGGGCCACUUGUUGGGUGUUUUAGAACCCCUGGUUUUGAAGUGGGCACCUCUUGAGUGUUUGUCCACUUUUGACUUUUGGAACUGUUCAUCUAAGCACUUUGACUCAUCAAAUUCUCUCAAUGUGUAAGCCUAAAAAUAGUCAUGUGUGAUCUUGUUUGAUUCGUCUUAACAUAUAGAUUAUUAAUAUAUAAUUUUUAUAAUUUUUUAAUAUACAAAGGUGUGCAAAAAUGAAAGUGUACAAACAAAUGAGUGAGGGAGUAAGUGUGUGUGUCUAAAUCACCUCCGAUCAAUCCUCGUUGCGCCUCUGUACUUCUCCAGUUCUCCUCCUCGCCCAAUCACCUCCCCUGCACAAGCAACGGCUACAUCCACCCCCGUUCUUUGAUCGGACCUUCACACCCCCAUGGCAUUCAGUCGCGGGUCUAUUUUCGUCCGCCGCGCUGUCUCUGGCGGCAGCCUCCUCCGCGUUAGCAAAUGCCCCCCGACAGCUGCUGCCUUCUCCGGUUCUUCUCCCUGCAUUUCUACCUCGAGUGCUCACAGUGGCGGCGAUUGCAACCACAGAACCUUUAGCUCCGAUGCUGCGUCAGCGUAUCAUCUGCAGGGGGGUCCGUCCCACAUGCGCGCCGCAGUGUUUUCGGAACCUAAUAAGCCUUUAUCUUUGGAGGAUUUCCACAUGCCCCGCCCCAAAGCUAACGAAGUUCUUAUCAAAACCAAAGCAUGUGGAGUUUGCCACUCUGACCUGCAUGUAAUUAAAGGUGAACUUCCGUUUGCAAGCCCUUGUGUUGUGGGGCAUGAGAUAGCUGGUGAGGUGGUUGAGCACGGGCCUCUCACAGACAGUAAUAUCGUUAAAAGAUUUCCUGUGGGAGCUCGAGUGGUAGGAGCCUUUAUCAUGCCUUGUGGUAGCUGUGGGUUCUGUUCAAAGGGUCAAGAUGACUUGUGCGAGUCUUUCUUUGCUUACAACCGAGCUAAGGGAACCCUUUAUGAUGGUGAAACACGACUGUUUUUCCGCAGCAAUGGGAAACCGGCAUAUAUGUACAGUAUGGGAGGUCUAGCUGAAUAUUGUGUGGUGCCAGCACAUGGAUUGGCUGUUCUACCUAACUCGCUACCUUAUACAGAAUCUGCAAUUUUAGGAUGUGCAGUGUUCACGGCUUAUGGUGCAAUGGCUCAUGCUGCACAAGUGCGUCUUGGUGAUGUGAUUGCGGUCAUUGGCAUAGGUGGUGUUGGCUCAAGCUGUCUACAGUUGGCACGAGCAUUUGGAGCUUCAGAGGUCAUUGCUGUUGAUGUUCAAGAGGAGAAGCUAGAGAAAGCUAAAUCCAUUGGUGCUACUCACAUAAUAAAUGCAAGGAAUGAAGAUGUAGUGAACAAAAUUAAGGAAAUCACAGGAGGAAAGGGUGUAGAUAUUGCUUUUGAAGCAUUGGGUAGAACUCAAACAUUUGGGCAAUGUGUACAAAGUGUUAGAGAUGGAGGGAAAGCUGUGAUGAUUGGGCUUGCUCUCUCUGGUUCUAAAGGCGAGGUCGACAUUAAUCAUUUGGUCCGAAGACAGAUAAAAGUGAUUGGGUCAUAUGGGGCCAGGGCAAGACAAGAUCUUCCAAAGUUGAUCAAACUUGUAGAGUGUGGCAUCUUCAAUCUCACAGCAUCUGUUUCCAGGAAAUACAAGUUUGAAGAGGCAGGAGAAGCAUACACAGAUCUUGACCAAGGCAAUAUCACUGGCCGAGCAGUUGUUGAGAUCAUGUAAUCGUUCUUAUGAGGAGGCAAUAUCAUAAUCGUUAUGGAUGGGCGAAACACUGA